AUGUCAGUGCAUUUUGCUUUAAGAGGUAUUCCCUCGGCUACUGCGCCACCAGAUACAUAUGAUCAUGGAUGUCUACAUGAAAAACCAAUAUAUUAUGAUGUUUCUGUUCAGGAUCACGAUGCAAAGCAGAAAUGGGAAUUUAAAUGGGUCAGAUGGUGGGGAGGUGAUGCUGGUUGGAUGAGUUCAGACCCGAGGUGUCGUGUUACCGGUGAAAGAACUGUGUCUGAGCAGGAAUCUGCCGCUGAAGAACAGUUCAUCUGGUUUGGCACAAAUUUGAUAAAAGGCAAUGAAGAAGCUCAAAAGCACGCGAAAAAAUAUUUGAAUAUGAAAGUUGAUGAAGAGGAAAUUGAUAUUUCUCAUGUUUGUAUAGGUGAGAUGAGGCUCAUUGUUGAAUCUGACAAGGUUGAUGAUAACUUUGAAUUGUUUGAUAAUGAGAAUGGAUCUGUGUGCAAUUAUGAAGUUCUGGGCGAUUUGAAUGAGACGGAUGACGAAGAAAGCGAAGACUAG